UGACCGGCUAGCUCUUAGAUGCAAGACUUGUAAGCUGGUAAUCGAAGCUCUGAGAAAAGCUGUGGAACAUAAUAUCACACGGUGGGAUGGCUCAUAAUCGCCCCUUGUAAGUUAUCGAAGCCCUUUAAAGGAGCUGAGGGGUGGAGGAGCUUAGCUCCAUGCCUGGCCCUGAGCACCUGCUGAACAAGGGAUGUGUUACUACCAAGAAGCCCUGCUUCCCCUCCCUCCCUCCCUCUGCUUUGUUCCCUGAUCCUGCUCAUCUCCCUGGCGCUGCAGGGCCCACCCUCAGCCCUGGGAACUCAGCUUUAUCCUUCUCCACUGGAUGGUGGGAGAAGGAAGCCAUCAAACUCGCUGCGACCAUGGUGUGCAAGAAGACACUUCCACUGCAGCAUGUUUGCAAGGAAUUAGUCACUAAAUGUCUUGAUAAGAUCAUCCAUGGUAUCAUGAAUGGGAAAAGCCACGAGGAAAUCUGUGUGAAACUCAAGAUAUGCAAAUCUGAAAAAGGUCUCGGAGCCUCUGGGGUCUCUGACGCCACCCUGGGGAGAAGCACAGAGUCUCCCACAACACCACCUGCUUCUGCCCUCCCAGAUCCAGAGCCGACCCUCCAGUGUCUCUCAGCUAACUUCUCAUUGGCUUCCCCUGAGGGAGAAUAAAUGUCAUGCAAGCUU